AUGAAUGCAGCUCCAACUGGCACAAUACCACCUACAGAGCGUCGAAUGAAAGAACAUGAUGAGGAAAAUGGAUGGAGUUACGACAUUCAGCCAUUAGUUCGUCAAAUUUUUAGUAACUCAGAAAACUUUAUACAAACUGAAAACAUUCCAGAAAAUGCAGAUGUGUUUACAAUUUUUCGUCUUUUGGUUGAUGACAAUUUCUUUGACCUUGUGAUAGAACAAACCAAUCUGUACGCUGAACAACUGAUUGCUAAUAAUUCUGGAGGUCGUUUGAGCCGCUGGAGACCGGUAAACAAGGAAGAAAUGGAAAAAUUUAUGGGCAUUUACUUGCUGACUGGUAUAAUCAGAUUCCCUACAUUAAAAUGCUACUGGAAAAAAGAUCCCAUUUUUUAUCAUCCUCUAUUGCAUCAGAUACAAAUGUCCUACAAUCAUUUCAUAGCAAUUUUACGCUGCUGGCAUUUCGUCGACAAUACAAUUGGUAAAGAGAUGUCAAUAAUCGCUUGUAUAAAAUCCAACCAGUUAUAG